AAUGACUUCUUCGCUUCGAGUGACGACCAUCCGCAAUUUCCACCGGUUCCGAAGUGGAUAUGGUUAAUAGUGGCUAUCAACGUUUUCUUAGCCCACACUCUUGAUGGUAUCGACGGUAAGCAAGCGAGAAGAACAAAAACCAGUGGACCCUUAGGAGAAUUAUUUGACCAUGGACUGGAUUCAUGGACAACGGUAUUCAUCCCAACCUGUCUCUACUCCGUCUUCGGACGCAGUGACUUCAGCAUUUCGCCAUGGAGGAUGUAUUUUUGCUUGUGGAACGUGUUUGCGUGCUUCUUUCUUUCCCAUUGGGAGAAGUACAAUACAGGCUGUUUGUUUCUUCCCUGGGGUUAUGACUACUCUAUGGUGUCAUCCAUGAUCGUCUUCUUUUUAACCUUUGUGGCCGGACACGGGAUUUGGAAAUUCGAAGUUCCGAUUGCUGGUCAAGCAGUUCCAGCCGGUGGGCUAUUUGAACUGUUGAUGUAUUGUCGACUCAUUGUUCAUCAAAUGUGUGGGACGAGGUGCAACACGUUCAACAUAACGCUUGUGCCCUUGAUGCUGGGAGCAUUUGUUGUUGCACUUGUGCCUCAGUCCGUGGAGAUUGAGUACGUUAUGUUGCAGCUAACUGCCGCCGUUGUUACGCUGUAUCACCUGUUCUACGGCGUCUGUGUCGUGCGUCAAAUGUGCAAUCAUUUCAACAUCAUGGCA